UAUACAUAUACAUAUAGAUACAUCCAAGCAACAAUGGAAUCUCCACAAAUAUGAAACAUCUUCUCAUCUAGCCUAUGAUCAUGGCAUUCUUCAUCAUCUUCUUCUUCCUCUUCCUCUUUGAAGCAGCAUUAGGACAGCAAGAAGUUGGGCUUAAGACAAACUUCUACUCGUCUUCUUGCCCGAAAGUCGAAUCCAUCGUUCGAUCCACAGUCGAGGCCCGCUUCGACAAAGACCCUACGAUCGCUGCCGCCUUGCUCCGGCUUCAUUUUCAUGACUGCUUUGUCCAUGGUUGCGACGCGUCGAUCCUCAUCGAUUCGCCCUCGUCGGAGAGGAAGGCGCUUCCUAAUCUCGGGUUGAGAGGGUUCGACGUCGUGGAAGAUGCAAAAGCGCAGCUCGAGGCGGACGGGGCGUGCCCCGGGGUCGUAUCGUGCGCUGAUAUAUUAGCGUUGGCGGCGCGCGAUGCCGUGGAUUUGAGUGGCGGGCCGAGCUGGGGAGUGCCGUGUGGGAGAAGAGACGGGCGGGUUUCUUUCUCGUCGGACGCGUCGGGGUUGCCGGGGCCGGCGGAUUCCGUGGCCGUACAGAGGCUGAAGUUUGCGGCCAAGGGGUUGGAUGAUCAUGAUCUUGUCACGCUUGUUGGAGCGCACACCAUCGGCCAGACAGACUGCCUCUUCUUCCGCUACCGUCUCUACAACUUCACGGCGACAGGGAACGCCGACCCUAGCAUCAGACAACCAUUCCUUGUACAAUUGCAAUCCACAUGUCCUAAAGACGGGCCGGCCUCCCAACGGGUGGCAUUGGACACCGGUAGCCAGUUGAAAUUCGAUGCGGGGUUUUUCAAGAAUGUGAGGGACGGAAAUGGAAUUUUGGAGUCGGACCAACGGCUGUGGGGAGAUGAAUCCACACGGCGGGUCGUGAAUAAUUACGCGGGAAGCAUAAGAGGGCUAUUAGGGUUGAGGUUUAACUUUGAGUUUCCGAAGGCUAUGGUGAAAAUGAGCAGCAUUGAGGUCAAGACCGGGACUCAAGGGGAGAUUAGAAAGACAUGUUCUAAGUUUAAUUUGUGAUCUAUCAUUCGAUCGAUAAAGAUAAACAUGUCGUAAAGACUAUUUUGUUA